AUGGUUUUUCAUGGUAAUGGGAUGUCGGACGUUUUUGGUAAGCAAUCAAACCAUUUUUCAUUAAAAUUCCGGAACAAGGAGUUCGAUUUGGAUCGCUGGGUUGAACAAACUUCAUGUUGUAUGUAUCUUCCUGAAAAUGAAAUGAUCCUACUGUGUGAUAUGCUUAUCACGAGACUUUCGCUUCUUCCAAACAUUAUCGCACUUUCAACUCCAGUUACAGUUUGUGGCGAUAUUCAUGGACAAUUUUAUGAUUUAUUAAAACUUUUCAGACAGGGCGGUCAAAUCCCGCAAACAAAAUAUAUCUUUAUGGGUGAUUAUGUCGACCGUGGCUAUUAUAGUCUCGAAACUUUGACAUAUUUAUUUUCACUUUUGCUAAGAUAUCCCGAUUCAAUUGUUCUUCUUCGUGGUAAUCAUGAAUCUCGAAGAAUAUCUGGCGUGUAUGGUUUCUAUGAUGAAUGCCUUCAAAAAUAUGGUCAUUCAAUUGUUUGGAAAUGGUGUUGUAAAGUAUUUGAUGCAUUGCCUAUAGCAGCAUUGAUUGAUGAGACAAUUGUUUGUAUACAUGGCGGUCUUUCUCCCGAAGUAAAAACUCUUGAAAAGUUGUCAUCGUUAGAUAGAGCAAUUGAGAUUCCAACUAAAGGUGCUUUAUGUGAUCUUGUUUGGUCGGACCCAGAAGUUGACAAAGAUGGCUGGGAAUUAAGUCCUCGUGGCGCUGGAUGGGUUUUCGGAUGUGGACCAACCCAACAGUUUCUUUAUUCAAAUGAUUUAUCAUUGAUAUGUCGAUCUCAUCAGUUAGUUUCGGAAGGUUUCAAGUCAUUCUGGAAUGAUAUAUUAUGCACAGUUUGGUCUGCUCCAAAUUAUUGCUAUCGAUGUGGUAAUGAAGCAGCAAUUCUUCGACUGCAUUCAAAUGGCAAUAAAGAGGUGAAAUAUUUCGACGAAGCCGAAGAUAAUGAACGUAAAAAGCCUGACCGUAUCGUUGCACCAUAUUUCUUGUAA